AUGGUGAUGGACUGUCUAGAGCACAUUAAAAGGUAUCAAGCAUGUCAAUUCCAUACUAAUUACACACACCAACCUCCCGAGCCUCUUCAUCCAAUUGUGGCCUCAUUGCUUUUCGAUGUAUGGGGCCUUGAUGUCAUCAGGCGUCUUCCAAAGUCAUCCAAUGGGAAGAUGUACAUCUUAGCAACCACUAAUUACUUCUCGAGGUGGAUUGAAGUUGUUAUAUUAAAAGAGGUGAAAAAGAAGACAGUUGUUGACUUUAACAAGCCAAAUAUAAUACUCAGUUAUGACAUACCAAGAUAUAUAAUUAUUGAUAAUGAAAUGCCUUUCGACAACAAGCUUAUGAGGAGUUUGUACGAGAAUUUGAAUUUUAAGAAGCACAAGUCUUCAAUGUACAAUGCACCUGCCAAUGGCAUUGCUGAAGCUUUUAAGAAGGCACUUGGUAACCUAUUGAAGAAAGUUGUCACAAAGAAUAAACGGGACUGGCAUGAGAGAAUUGGCCUAGCUUUAUGGGCAUAUUGA